UUUCUGGACAACAGUGCAAGAAAACUGCCGUCAAAAUAUUCCGCGCGAUAAUGAAAUGAAGAAGAUGAGCGAGAAAAUAUAGACGGUCAAAUCCAUCACUAUGUCGCACCGUUGACAUUUGGCGAUAUGGGCCUUGGUUACAUUAAACAGAUGUAAGGUUGAACUAGGAACAGCAUCGUGCGUUGAUUGAUCUUGACAAGAAGUUAACGGAAGGUCAUUUACAGAGGUCAAAAUGUGUUCCUUAGAAAAGUGUACCAGGGAUAAUGUGAAGGAUGUUAAAAGUGCUUAUACAGAUAAAAAAGAUGCUGCCCCAAAAUCUAGUCCAAUCGGCGGUGACACGGAAAUCCAUGUGAAAUUCGAGCCUACAGAGCACCAACAUACGAGGUACAAUCCUCUAAAAGGGGAAUGGGUAUUGGUAUCACCUCAUCGAAUGAAUCGUCCCUGGAGUGGUCAAGUGGAAGAUAAUCAGGACGAGGAACUUCCUGAAUAUGACCCCAAGAAUCCAUUAUGUCCUGGAAAUGUCAGAUCCAAUGGUCAAAUAAAUCCACAUUACCAUAAUACAUUUUCAUUCCAAAAUGACUUCCCUGCGCUUUUGGAAUCUGUUCCUGAUCCACCAGAAUCAUCGGAUGAGUUAUUCAGAAUGGGUCCAGCGAGGGGGAACUGCAAAGUUAUGUGCUUUCAUCCUAAAUCAAAUCUUACCAUCGCUCUGAUGAAAGUCGAGGAUAUCAAGGAAGUUGUUAAACAAUGGAUUCAUGAAAUGCACGAGCUGAGCAAGAAGUGGGCAUGGGUGCAGAUAUUUGAGAACCGUGGAGCCAUAAUGGGGUGCAGUAAUCCCCACCCACAUUGUCAAAUUUGGAGCAGUUCUUUUCUACCCGUAGAAGCUGAGAAGAAGGAUAAAUUUCUCAGCGACUACUACUGCCGCAAUAAAUCACCACUUUUGAUCGACUACAUGCGGAAGGAACUCGUGAAACGAGAACGCAUUGUUGUUGAAAAUGCUGACUGGGUCGUUGUUGUGCCUUACUGGGCUACAUGGCCCUUUGAGACAAUGGUAUUGCCCAAAAGGCAGGUCAUCAGAAUGCAAGAGCUGACCAAGGGCCAACAAGAGUCAUUGGCGAUCAUUAUGAAGAGACUCUGCACUAGAUAUGAUAAUUUGUUCAAGUGCUCUUUCCCGUAUUCAAUGGGAUGGCAUGGUGCUCCGACGGGUCCGCAUAUGAAUGAGGAUUACCGUUACUGGACUUUCCAUGGUAUUUAUCUUCCUCCAUUGCUGCGGUCGGCAUCGAUAAAGAAGCACAUGGUCGGGUACGAACUUUUAGCUCAAGGCCAGAGAGAUUUAACACCCGAACAAGCCGCUGAAAGGUUACGAACUCUACCCGAUGCUCAUUACAGACAUCCAGAGACUAGUUUACCACCUGAUGAACCUGCAAAAUACUGCCUAUGCAAUACCCCAAAUGCUUGAAAAAUCUCACAGCAGCUUCCAAGCUUCUGACAUAGCAUUGUUCUAGUCCCACAGUCAAAAUAUUUGCCAAAAAAAGGACACUAGAUUAGAUUUACGGGUGACAAAAUAAUUACAUUAUACUUACCAGUACCAAAUAUUAGAUAUGUACGAAAUCAACAAUAGAUAUGCAGAUAUUUAUACCUGUAGGUAUAUUUUUGGAUCAAAGAGCUUAUAAUUGAGGAAAUUGUAAUCUAAAAGUGAUAGUAAAUGGUGCAAUUUAAAAUUAAAA